AAAUAUAAAUAUAUUUUUGAUUUGUUUAAUACAUUUUGGGUUUCUACAUGAUUCCAUAUGUGUUCAUAGUUUUGAUGUCUUCACUAUUAUUCUACAAUGUAGUGGUUUAUCGUGUAUUAUAAACUAGGUGGUUUAAGCCCUGAAUGCUGAUUGGCUGACUGCCAUGGUAUAUCAGACUCGAUACCACGGGUAUGACAGAACAUUUAUUUUUACUGCUCUAAUUAUGUUGAUAACCAGUUUAUAAUAGGUGUUUGUGUUAUAUGGCCAAUAUACCACGGCUAAGGGUUGUAUCCAGGCACUCCGCGUUCCGUCGUCCCUAAAGAACAGCCCUUAGCCGCGCCAUAUGGCCGUAUACCGGACCUCCUCCGGCCUUAUUGCUUCAUUCUACAGCUCACUAGAGGGCGCUAGCUGCAGCCAAAGCUGCACACGUCACCAAACGUCUAAACCGAAGUUUUCUCUUUGUGGUGUUUAUUGUAACUGUUAAUAACUAUACUGGUCAAGUGUCAACAUUUUUUUUUAAAUAAAUUGGACAUCAAUUGUGGAUACGGAAGAAAAGUUUCUGGGCCUGAAAGAAUUCACAACGGAAGACCUUCAAGUGGUUUGUUGCUAUGGAAGAACUACCCCGCCUUCCCGUGCUCCUGAGCCUGUGGAGACCAGUUUUGACUUUAUGAUUUUAACAGAAGUAGAGUGAAUUGUAUUUAUUUGUAUGUAUGAUAUUUUGUUGUUGUUUUGCUAGUUAGUAUGAGUAUUUUCAUCCAAAACGUUUUUUAAAAUAUAUAUUUUACUACCUCGCACAGUAGGUUGCGCCUUAUAGAUUGGACCUUAUAGAUGAAAAAAAAAUCGUUUCCGUUUUCUUGUCAGGCCAGUUUCCGGGCCCGCCAUGAUGUUCUGAAGACAACGAGGAGCAACGGAAAGACCGUCGAAAUGGAUGUUAUGGAUUUAAACAACGAAAAUUAUAGUUUGGAAGGAGAUAAUUACCGUCGUUUUGGAUAAGAGCCUAAGCUAACUGGUUAUUAAAGUGGUUGUUUCCAGUGGCCAUUUUCUAACCAGUUAACUAGCUACCCAAGUACUGUACGCUAACGUUAGCUGCGGGUAAUGUUUUUGUUUUGAGUGGUAGGUAACGUUACAUCGACCUAGGCCGCAGAUUUCCUUGUCUCAUAAUUUCAUCGUAGGUCAUACAAGGAUAAACAUCGUUCCUGCGUGGACUGCAACUCCGAAGAGGAUCGUUUGAGGACUUAUUUUUGGACGUUUGAUUUUCAGUUUCCGGACGGAUUAGACGAUUUUGGACUGCGCCAUUUACGGCGGAAGAGUGAAGCUUGCGGCCUCCCAUGGACUCCUAACCGCGAACUCGGUGCCUCGCUGCUUUCAGCAGCUACAAGGCCCGUGUUUCCGCGAGAGACUCUACUGACUUUAUUAACCGUGAAAAAGCCGUAAUGGACACUUCUGGAACUGUACUUUUCUUGUGUUUUACCGGACUCUUAAUAACGAACUGACCGGGUUAAAGACGCUGCUUGCUGGUGUCCCGGCCUUUCACUACUAGUAGCUUGGUGUCUUUGACGUAUACAGCUACAAGGACUAUCUGUGAAUACUUCCUCUUAGUUCAUUGCCUGUUUUCCCUUCGAUAUUAUCUUAGACUAAACUGGUAGCUUUCCCUUCAGUCUCAGAUCAUAUCUAGUACUGGUUAUUGUUAUUCUUAACUAACUUGUUGUUUUCCCUUGUCUUGAGUUUGAUUUAAGUGAUAGUUGUGAGAAUGUCGUGUGUUCAUUAUAAAUUCUCGUCCAAACUGGACUACAACACCGUGACCUUUGACGGGCUGCACAUCACCCUGGCCGAGCUGAAACGGCAGAUUAUGGGCAGAGAGCGCCUCAAAGCCACCGACUGUGACCUGCAGAUCACCAACGCACAGACCCGUGAAGAGUACACCGAUGAGGAGAUUCACAUCCCCAAACACUCAUCAGUGAUCGUCAGACGCACCCCCAUCGGAGGGGUCAAACCAGCGGGCAGAACGUUCAUUGUUGACCGUUCUGACAUGGCUGCUGGAUCCUCCAGACCCACCGACUCGUCACCGUCCGUCUCCCUGGCCCAGCUCUCUAAGACUGCCAACCUAGCGGAGGCCAAUGCAUCAGAGGAUGACAAGAUCAGAGCCAUGAUGUCCCAGUCCAACAGUGAAUAUGACCCCAUACAUUACUCUAAGAAGGCCAUCGGACCGCCUCCUGCACAUUACACCUGCUAUCGCUGUGGCAAGAACGGACACUACAUCAAACACUGCCCCAUGCAGAUGGAUAAGAGUAUAGAGGCCCCUAAGCCAGUCAGGACCAGUAAGGGGAUCCCUCAGAGCUUUAUGGUGAAGGCUGAACCAGGAACUAAAGGAGCCAUGUUGACCAGCACUGGAGAAUAUGCUAUUCCUGCUAUAGACGCGGAGGCCUAUGCUCUGGGUAAGAAGGAACGUCCCCCCUUUGUUCCUCGUGAAGCGUCAUCGUCUGAAGAUGAGGCUGAUCCAAUCCCUGAUGAGCUGCUCUGCCCCAUCUGUAACGACCUGAUGAGUGAUGCUGUUGUCAUACCCUGCUGUGGUAACUCCUACUGCGACGACUGUAUCAGGACCAGUCUGCUGGACUCAGAGGAACACACCUGUUUCACCUGCAAACAGUCUGACGUCUCACCUGACGCUCUCAUCGCUAACAAGUUCCUACGACAGGCAGUGAAUAACUUUAAGAAUGAAUCUGGUUACACCAAACCAGCACGAAACAAAACCCUGCAGCAGUCUGCCCCGCCCCCAGCACGGCCUCAGCCAUUCAGAACCCUCGGCUCACGCCAGCAGGACCCCCUAUUGGCCAACAGUCGCCAGCAGGACCCCCUAUUGGCCAGCGCUCGCCAGCAGGACCCCCUAUUGGCCAGCGCUCGCCAGCAGGACCCCCUAUUGGCCAGCGCUCGCCAGCAGGACCCCCUAUUGGCCAGCGCUCGCCAGCAGGACCCCCUAUUGGCCAACGCUCGCCAGCAGGACCCCCUAUUGGCCAACGCUCGCCAGCAGGACCCCCUAUUGGCCAACGCUCGCCAGCAGGACCCCCUAUUGGCCAACGCUCGCCAGCAGGACCCCUUAUCGACCAACGCUCGCCAGCAGGACCCCCUAUUGGUUAACACCUCUCGCCCCCCAGCCUCCCUCACUCCUCCUGUCACCCUGACACAAAGCCUGCCCAUUCAGACCCCACCGAUUGGACCGCCUGAGGUGUCAAUCUCUCCUGACCCCACACCAGAACCACACCGGGCGGAGCCACGGCACUUGGCCAAUCACAACGAGCCGCCGCCGCCAGGUGAGAUGGAGGCGGGGCCUUACAUGAUAUCAGAGCCACCAAUCAGAUCAGCCGACAGCGGACCUCAGGGAUACCACAUGCCUAUGAUUGGUCACCCUCCACCCAUAAGGCCCUCCCACCCAUCAGGUCCACCUCCACAGCCCUCCCAUUCCCACAGAGGAGGACCCAGACCACCUUGGGACAGACCCUACAGACCUCUUUCUGACCACGUUCAACCCCCACACCACCCCCCUCCUUCUGCCCCGGGCCCAGCCCCUCACCUCUACCCGGGCCCUAACCUCUACCACCCUCCCCCCAAUCCCCACUCCAUCCCUCCCCAGUCCUACCCCCCUCCCUACUCCACCGGACCCCCUCCCCCUGUUAACUACCCCCCCCAGUCCCUCUAUCAACACGGCCAGAUGCCUCCGGGGGUUAAUGCCCCCUGGGUUCCCCCUCCCAACACCCAGCCCCUCUCGCUGGGCCCCCCACCCCUCCUACCCUCCGGACCCCCCCUCUCCAAGGAGGACUUCUACAGACAGAGGAGACUCCGACAGGACCAGGUAACGUCCAAGCUGGAUGAGUUCACUAAAGACUUUGCCAAAGAGCUGAUGGAAUACAGACCUGCUCCCAAGAGACGGAGACGCUCCUACUCCAGGUCUCGUUCCUACAGUCGUUCUCCUUUCAGCCGUUCCCCCUACUCCCGAUCCCGUUCUCCUCGCUCUCGCUCCAGGUCUUACUCGUACACCCCCAGCCGCUCCCGCUCACGUUCCAGGUCUUACGGACGCUCCCCCUUCUCCAGACGCAACGGAGGCCGGGGGGGACGCAGCCGCUCCUACGGCCGCUCGCCACGGUCCCGCUCACGCUCCCGUUCCUACGGCUACCGUCGCUCCGGCUCUCCUCGCUCCCCUCCGCCUUACCGAGGUGGUGGUGGUGGUGGUGGUGGUGGUGGGGGGGGCUGGGAAGGAGGAGACGGAGCUGAAGGAGGAGGGGGGUAUCGGCCCAGGUCUCGCUCCCCGGGGGGCUACAGGAGGAGCAGGAGUCCAGGAGGGGUUAGAGGUCACCAUAAGCCCCCCCCUCGAGAGCCGCCUCCUUACGAGCAUAAAGGUGGACCUGACCUGUCUCCCGGGGGCAGGGAGCGCUGGGAGAGAGAUAGCUACAGACAGUGGGAGAAAGAGUACAGGGACUGGUACAACAAGUACUACAAAGACUACAGUACCCAGCAUGCCUCUGUGCACCACCGCGGUGGCCGGGGCAGCAGAGAGAGGGACCGCCUCUCCCCUCCACCCAGAGACUACUCCCCCCAGGGGCGGGUGAGGAGGGGUGAGAGAGGGGGACCUCCCGGACCCCACAGAACUCACCACGCCUUGUCCGCUCUGCCCUCUGCCUCCGUCAGGGGGAAUGGAAGUAAGGAGCGCACGCAGGGGGACGCUAGUAAAGAGCGCACGCAGGGGGGAACCAAAACGUCAGAGGGUGGAACUAAAACUCUGAAAGGGAAGAAACUGAAGAAGAAGAAGAACGGGGAGGAGCUGGAUUCAGCCAACCAAUCACUGGACAGGGGUGAUGCCACACCCGUCAGGGACGAGCCAAUGGAUGAACUCCACACCCUGACCCCUAGCAAAGCCCCACCCACCUCCACCAAGGUCUCGACCAAUAAGGCAGCGCUGCUGUCUGGUAAAACCCCUCCCACCUCUUCCAGCCAGUCAGAGAAGAGCAGGAAGGAGAAGGGGGGCAAGGUGAAAGUAAAGACGGAAGGCAAGGUGAAAGGAGAGAAGGUUAAGAGAAAGACAGGAGGAGAGGCGACGGUCACGGCCUCUAAGAACAAAGAGUCUUCAGCCACCAAAUCAACCAAAGCGUCUAAGGUCAAAUCAGACGAGCCAAUCAAGAGAGAGAAGGGGCGUAGCACCCCUACUGUUAGAGGAAGUUUGGCUAAACUCCCCCUGCCCCGCCCCCUCCCCCCUCACCCCCACGACCUCCCUAAACACCUGGGUGACCCCCGCGGGGGAAGGAGAGACCCCAUUCACGGUGUCGGGGUACGCCUCCCUGGUCGCCCCCUCCAGCCUGCACCUCCCUCCCCAGCAGAGAAGAGGAGGAGAGUGGAGGAGAGGGAAAGGGGGAGGGGGAUGGACAGAGGGAUGGGGGGCCCCCCGGCUAAGCUGCGCCGUGCCGAGGGGCCGUACCCCCAGAGAGGACUUCCAGCCAAGCCUCACCUCCUCCUGAACCUGGCAUGCAGAGAGACGGGUAGAGGAGAGGGUCUGCUCCCCAUCCCUGGAACCUCGCAGACAGGGAGGCUAGAUCGUUUCCAUCCCAUCUCCAUCUCCAUCCCUGGGCCUGGUUCCUCCAUGGACCUGGGGAGAGAGGGGAGAGGCGACGGGCUGCUGCCCACCCCAGGGAGCUCUGAGGCGGGCAGAAGAGAGAGUGACAGGGGGUCUAUCUGGCCUCUCAUGGGUCUGCAGGUCAAACCCUUCCCCCAGAGGAGAAUCAAACUGAACAGAGACCUAGGGAGGAACAGCACUAUGUCCCGCCCAGAGGAGAGACCAGCUCCAGCUACUAAUAUCACCACUACUACUAUCACCACUACUGGAGAGAGACCGGCUGCUCCCGAGAGAGGAGCAGCAGAGAGGGAUGGAGGGAUGGAGAGGGUGGCGGUGAUGGUGGAGCGGAGGUCGUCUGGCGAGAGGUCAGAGGUCAGGUCUGUUAGGUCAGAGAGGCCGUCGUCGGGGGAACGUUUGCCGGAGAGAGGAGGAGGAGGAAGGUCAGUCUCUCUAGACCGCAUGACCAUCGCGGAACGCUCAGCCAUCGCUAAGAAACCUGACGUCACCAGGGAGAGAACAGAGAGCGAGUACACUCCGCCCACUGAGAGAGAGAGACCAGCUGAGAGCUCCAAGGAGAGAGAGAGACCAGCGUCAGCCAAGACAGACAGGUCAUCAUCCAGGGAGAGGUCAGCCACCAGGGAACAGAAAGGAGAGCGAGGAGGAGAGAAGACCUCGUCCUCCGUAGACAGACCUGCCUCUACAGGAGAGCGAGCGGCAGGGACCCAGAGAGAGACUGUAGCUGAAGACAGAGCAGCAGCAGCAGCGGUGAAGGAGGGUUCUGGUUCUGGGAAGACCAGAAAGAUCAGCAGAAAGAGUUCUGAGCCCACGGUCCACCACUCAUCAGACCACUCUGUCACUUCAACUGGCAGCAGCAGGGCUGUAGAGGAGAGGUCUGAGCCGGGCCAGAGCCAGGGUGCCGUGUCUAAACCCCGGGACCUCCAGACCCAGAGGAGACCCAGUCCCGUCCAGUUCCCCAGCCCAGGCAGGGAGAGGGACCGUGGGACCGGAGGAGUCCUCAUCCAGCCUCCACCCCGGUCCAAGUGGGAGAGAGAGGAGGAGGAGGAGGAAGAGGAGCAGCACUCAGCGUCCAGGGAGAACGGGGCGUUGGCGGUUUCCUCCUCCGUGCCCAGAGACGCUCUGAGGAGAGAAGCCUCACCAGCACCACCUAGUGGCCAAGGCAGAGAGGUGCAGGGUAGUGUCUCUAAAACAGCCAACACAGAGGGGAGGAGAGGGAAGGAGGAGGGGACUAGGAGGAGGGAGGAAGGCAGAGGGCUUAAAAAGGGGCAGGUGAACUUUAGAAAACCAGCUAAGACCGAAUCCAGAGGGGUGAAGGAGGAAGGAAGAGGAGGGGCAGGGAGGGAGGAGAGUCGAGGGGCGGGGCUAGAGCCAAGGCGACAGCGUCUGUGUUCUGACCUGGGUAGAGAGACGGACGAGGCAGCCUUCGUCCCCGACUACAGCGAAGGGGAGGGGUCAGACGGGGAGAGAGGCAGUGGCCUGAGCCAUAGCCCCUCUCACAACACCCAGAGCCCCGCCUCCCAGAGCCCCGGCGGCUCCCCUAGCAACCACAGCGGCUCCACGGCGACGGACAAGAAGAAGAAGAAGAAACACAAGAAACAUAAAAAACACAAGAAGCACAAGAAGCAUUCUGCCGACGCUGAGCCUCCCGCCGAAGGAAGGAAGGAACACAAACACAAGAACAAGAAGAAGAAGCACAGGAAGAAUAAGGAGGAGGAGGGAGGAGGGGAGGCAGAGGAGAAGACUGGGCAGGAGUCAACCACCAUCUGAGACCCUGCUAGCUCAUGCUAGCUCCGUUAGCAUCUAGCUAAUGGUUACAACCUGACUUUUCUAGUUCAUGCUAGCUCUUUUAGCAUCUAGCUAAAGACUACAACUGAGACUGCUAGCUCACGCUAGCUCCGUUAGCAUCUAGCUAAUGGUUACAACCUGAGUUUGCUAGCUCCGUUAGCAUCUAGCUAAUGGUUACAACCUGAGUUUGCUAGCUCCGUUAGCAUUUAGCUAAAGGUUAUAACUGGACUAAACCUUCUUGGGGGAUACUUUGUCAAAUUCUUUUAAAUACUUAAGCUGAGCUGGAUAUAGUUUGUUUAUGUAUAAUGGAACCACUGGAAUAAGUGGAGCUCACCUCAGAUAUUUGUAAGUAUUCUGUGUUUUCUGUUAAUGUGAUGCAGGUUCUCUGUGAAUGUGUUUUUGUACAGAGAUGAUGCUGCAGUAUAUUACCCUGAUCUAUGGCUAUAAGGUGUCUGAAACGUCCCAAAUAAAACCCUGUUCACUAUAUAGUACACUUUGUUUGACCAGAGUCUUAUGGGCCGUAGUCAAACGUAGUUCACUAUAAAGGGAAUAGGGGUUAAUUUGGGACACCUCCCUGAUGUAUAGUAGGUUCUCAUCAUGUUCAUAUGAACUGAUCUGAAGUCAGGCUAACUGAAUGGUGACUAGUGGAAGUUACUAUUCUUAAACUUUUUUUUAAAUUAAAAUGUUUUUUCCCGUUUAAACUUUCUGACUGUUGUCUUUUCAUUUAUAGUUUGGUGAAUAAAACACGUCUAAUGUUUAUUAUCAGAA